GAGUUUUUAUAUAUAUCAUAAGGGAGAUAAUAAGUUGUUACUUGAGUGAUUAUGAGUAGUAUGGUAUUGUGAAAUAGAAUAACAAUUUACAAAGCUCGUGAAAGAUUAUAAUUCAUAGGGGAAAAUGAUUUCAUUUGAAACCAUGUGAUUAAACUUGUACAGCUGCAUAAAACUGAAAAACCAGGAGCUUUCUUCGCAACCUAGGUGCAAGUAAACUGAAAUUAACAUAAUCACAUCAGGUAACAGAACUAAAUGAUUUAAUAUGAGUAGAAGAUCUCAAAGACGAGGAAAUGAAAAUAAUAUGCCAUCACCACGGUAUCAUUCAAGACCAAGAAAUGAUGAACAUUUAUACAAUCCAAGAAGAAGAAAUAAUUCUUGUGAUAGAACUGAUGUAUAUCAUCAAUCCUCUCGUUUCAGUAGUGCAACUACUACUCAAAUACCUUUGGAAAUGGAUGAUUUCUACAGUCAGAUUAGGCCUCAAUGUGUUCAUGAUGUAAGGGUUGCUGAACUUCAUAACUUUCCAGAAGAUCAUUCUCAGUGUCAAAAUCUUUACCAAAACCUUUCCAGACCUCACCAAAGUAAUGAAUAUUACCACAGUUCAAGAAGAAAUUAUUCUUAUGAAAAUAUUGCUGAUAAAUAUAAAUUCUCUCAUUCCAAUACUGCAAGUAGUGAAAGAGAGCACAAUUAUUCAGAACCUUGGCAAAGGAGUGGUAUUUAUAUUCAGAACAGGAUUAAAAGUGUUCGUAGUUUGAAGUCUGCUAGUGAUAAACUUCAUAACUUACCAGAGCAGAGUCAGAAUUUUCACCAAAACCAGGUACAUCACAAAAGUAUUGCCCCAAAACCUAGAAGAAGUGGUGAAGAGCAAACAAGAAACUCCAGUCAAAAUGUGUGCAGUAAUGAGGAUUUUCAAAGAGAUGAUCAUAAACAUACAAGAAGACAAUUUUGUUCUGCACAAAGAGAUGAAUAUUCUGGUUCCCACAGAGGUGGUGAAACUCGCAAGUUUAAUGACUAUCAAGACAACAUAAGACAAAAGUCAUUUCUUAGACAAAAUCCACAUUCACCUGAAGAGAAUAUAAGAUCGGGUCUAAUUUCUAAACAAUGUAAAAAUAUUGUAUCUGCAGAAAAUUCAUUUGCACAACAAUUUUCAAAAGGAACAGAUUGUUUAAAAGUAAUGAGACCAAAGAAAAAUAAGUCUCAUGUUUUUUGUAAAUCUUCAGCACAUCAAGAAAACAGAGUUCAACACUCACAUGGAAGUAAAUAUCAAAAACAUGAAGGUUCAUUUCAAAGUACCAGUGACAGAGAAAGUACACCAAAGGAAAUGUCAUCAGUUUCAACCAAGAGAAACAGAAAAAAAAGAGGGGGUAAAAAGAGAGUUGGUUCUGGAAUCCAUAACUUAAAAGAAGAUCAGUCAUUAUUUUCUUUUAAAACAUCUGCGAAACCAAUGGAAAAGUCAUCUGUUGACAAUGAUAAAACAGAUAUAGAAUCUGUGAUCAGUAAAAGUGAAAUCAGCGAAUUGUCUUCUGAAAACACAAGCAGUAUGUCAGAAAGUGAAAAUAUGGUGGCUUCUGACAAUGAAUCAAUUUAUAGUAAGUCAGAUUACAUGACUUAUAUAGAGCAUGAAGAAAACAAAAAAGAAGGCUUAUGUACUACUAAUGUAUUUUAUCAGAAUAGAGAAAUUCUAGGUUUAAUUUGAGUUUAUUGG